CGACCCUGGUGCGAAGUCCUCCCUGCGGGCUCCAUCACCGGACAGGUCUCGAUCCUCCAGCAGAUUCCCUCCAGUAGGGUCGAGGUCACAGAAAAGGGAUUUGAUCGACAUGCGGUCUUGAUAUGGCAGGUGUUACGGGGGAUGCGGCGACUAUGGGCGAUGGACGACUUGUUGUUGUUAUUAAAGCCCUCCCGGAUCACUCGCUCGCGGAAUCUUGAAGUCUUGUUCCACGAUGCUACUCGCAAACCGACACAAUGGCGAUCAUCGGCGGGAAAGAACAGCACGUCGACCCGCGGCUCACGCGCAUUGCGCAGGCUGACACAAAGCUAUGGUACAAGAAACCGAACCUGCGGUUCCUGUAUUUCAUCCUCGUCCCCACGGCCCUAGGUGUCGAGUGGACGUCGGGCUUCGACUCGUCUAUGAUGAACAGCUUACAAGCUGUCCAAUCAUGGGUUGACUACUUUGAUAACCCUACUUCGGACCGCCUUGGUCUCCUCAACGCCAUGUACUCGCUCGGCGCGUUGAUGGCGAUCCCUUUCAUCCCGACGACCAGCCAGUACCUCGGCCGGCGCAGGACCAUCCUGCUGGCCUCGCUCAUCAUGUGCAUGGGCGCCGGCCUGCAAGCAGGCUCGCGCAACUCGGACAUGUUCCUGGCCUCGCGCUGGGUGCUCGGCUUCGGCAUCCCCUUCGCCAUCGUCAACGCCUCGUCGCUGAUCGGCGAGCUCUCUUACGCCAACGAGCGGCCCGUCAUGACGUCGCUGUUCAACGCCUCGUGGUUCGUCGGCGCCAUCAUCGCCGCGGGCACCACCUACGGCACGUUCCAGAUGACGUCGACCUGGUCGUGGCGCCUGCCCAGCCUGCUGCAGCUCGUGCCCAGCUUCUUCCAGAUCGGUUUCAUGUACUGGUGCCCCGAGUCGCCGCGCUGGCUGAUCUCGAAGGACCGCGGAGACGAGGCAUUUGCGAUCCUGCAAAAAUACCACAGCGAGGGCCAGGACGGUGACGAGUUUGUGCGGCUCGAGUUCGCGCAGAUCCAGUCGACCAUCGCGCAGGAGAGGGAACUGGAGUCAAGGUUCGUGUGGGCCGACGUAGUGCGCGACCCGCCCAUGCGCAGGCGCUUCAUGAUCGCCGCCAUCGUCGGCUUCUUCACCCAGUGGAGCGGCAACGGCCUGCUGAGCUUCUACAUGAAGAAGAUCCUGGCGCUUGUGAACAUUACCGACGACAGGACCGUGCAAAAGAUCAUCCUCAGCAACACAUGCUGGGGCUUCAUCAACGCCGUGCCCAUUGCGCUGAUUGCGCCGCGGUUCCCGAGACGGACCAUGUUCCUGAUAUGCACGAUCGGAACGGCGGUGGUGUACACAGUCUGGACGGUUGCGAGUGCGAGAUCCUCGAUCGAGAACUCGGCCGCCGCAGCCAUCCCCGUGUUGGUGUUCAUCUUUGUGUACUCGCCGUUUUACAACAUCGGCUGGAAUGCACUGGCAUACACGUACAUGGUUGAGAUAUUCCCCUACCAACAACGAUCCAAGGGUAUCGCGGUGGAGCAGCUCACCGUUCGCUUCGCCGUCUUCUUCAACACCUACGUCAACCCCAUCGCGCUGGACUCCAUCGGCUGGAGGUACUACAUCGUCUACUGCGUCUGGAUCCUGGUCGAGAUCGCAACGGUGUAUCUACUCUUCCCCGAGACGCACAACCGCACGCUGGAGGAACUCAGCUUCAUGUUUGAGGGCAAGGCCGUCCAGGACAAGGUGCAGCAGAACGUGGACAAGGUGCUUCAGGUGGAGCUGGAUAAUGUCCAACGGCGGUCGUCGGAGGCUGGUGUGGCUACGAAUGAGCAACGGGUUUGAAAUUGAUGACGGUCACGGUACUAUGGCGCAUACAUAGGUCGCCUGUGCGGCCUGGCUGGCAUGAAGGCGUGGCUCGAGGGCAACAAGCAC